AUGGUGAUGUCUUUAAGUCAGUUAGAUCCCAACUAUGUCGUGAGUUUUAAAUACUCAAGGGAGAAUCUUGCGCAAAUUCUGGCCGAAUUCUCAGUGCGCGGGCUUGACGUUGUGACGAGACCUGGUCCCGAUGUAGACACUGUAUAUGCGUUUACAAGAGUUAAUGGUGUCGAAAACGACCACACUUUAACUAUUUCGCAAGAUUUUGAUUUUGUCAAAUCUGUUAUUCCGUUGUAUGACCAUAAAGUGUCGAAACAACUAGACGGACUGUUUGCCAAAUUUACCAAGCAUGAGAUAUUUGGUGUCCCAUCUGAUGGGGAAAUCCAUGAACUUGGGAGGCUCACGGGGAACCCUCAUAUGUCUCUUUAUUUUGCAUUUUUUAAGAACUACAUCAAAUGGCUACUUCCGCUAGCUGCUGUGGGGUUGUUUUUCAGAGUAUGCUUUUCAUCGUGGGAGUUCAACAAGCUGUAUGUAAUGUGCUUAUACGCUUGGUCCCUAGGGUUCACAGCUCAUUGGAUUUACAGAAAGAAGUCCCAUUACAUUCAGCUCUUUGGCGACAUCCACGAGUCAAGAAACUUGUUCAAAAAUGAGGGCACUGUUGUAGAAUGGAGUACACCUGCACAGGUUGUUCUAAGGAAGUGUUGUUUUAUUCCAAUCGCAUUAAUGUUCGCCUCUGUACUAGUCACGUUCCAAUUAUUGUGUUUCUCUAUAGAGAUUUUCAUCACACAACUGUACUCUGGUCCAUUGGUAAGUGUGCUAUCACUUCUCCCCACUGUGCUACUAUCAUCGUUUACCCCGAUAUUGACUAUGGUCUACAAUUCGGUCUUUGUCGAAAAGUUUGUAAAAUGGGAAAACAGCCCAAACCCAAAGAAAUCCAAAAUGGAGAAGAACUUUGUCUUGACGUUUUUUGUCAGUUACGUGCCAUUGCUGAUUACACUUUUUAUCUACCUACCCCUAGGCUACAGAUUUAGCAACUCCGCUUUGGGUGCAAAAAUUAGCCUAAAUGCAAGCAGGUAUUACAUCCCUACAAAGGCUUCAGAUUUUAAGAUCAACUUUAGACGCUACAAGGAUCAGUUCUUUUACUUCACUGUGACAAACCAGGUCGUAUCGAUGUUUUUGGAGAAUGCGCUGCCCUACAUAAUUGGUAGAGGCAUGGAUAUAAUCGUUCGCGGUGCCACUAAACCUGAUUCCGAACUUUCCAUCAUUAGAAGCAACAUCAAAAAAACUCAUCCAGAUGAACUGUUGUACUGGUCAAAAAUUGACUCCUAUGUAAACGGACAAUGGGGAGCAUUUGACGCGGACGAAAACAUAAGGAAAGUGAUUAUCCAAUUUGGAUACCUGGCGAUGUUCUCGACCAUCUGGCCGCUAGCACCAUUCAUUUACUUACUUUUCGAUAUGAUUAUCAUCAAGUUAGACUUAUGGAGAGCAAUCAAAAAAUGCACACCGUCAUCCGUAUCUAGUCAGGAGGUGGGUACACCUAACGGUUUGUCGAAAUCGGUGACUGAUACAUGGAACGUUAUUAUGGAGGUCGUACUGUUGGCAGCAGCUGUAGUAGGGCCCACCAUUACUUACAUGUACGCCAGUGCCAGAAUUCCAAAUGUCGGCCGGUUCAAUGAUUUGGAAAAACGUGAGACUUGGUACGCCAACGAUCCUAUACCACACAGCUGGUCGAAUAUUGGGUUUUUUGCAUUCCUCAUGGAGAAUGGGUUUUUGCUGAUUUACUUUAUUGUUUCUAAAGCGAUGGCUGUUUUAGAUGAAGAUGGUACAAAGGGUUAUGUCCCAACGAUUUCUUCCAAGAUUCCGCAAAAGACAGACCUUCUGCCAGUGACGCGAGAAACUAAUGAUUUUAUGGAGAGAAUUGAAUCAGAGUUGAAAGCAAAGAAAACAAAAGUGAAGCAAGAAACUGGAAUCAAAAGACGCAAGAGGGUUGCUGUAAGGGACAUCUCUAAGGUGCCAGUAGACACCGAAGGAGAAGUCUAUCGACGGGAAAAGGUUUCUACAGCUGUAAUUGCCAAGGUUGAAGAUGAACACCUUUCGAGUGAUGAGUGCAGCAGUGAUACGCUAACCGAGCCACAACAAAUUCACUCUCUACCCAAGUUUAAAAAGGUGAUUGAUGCGCCGGCUAUCAUAAAAACGAUUCCAAGGACAAACGACCAACAGGCAUUUACUACGGAGAAUGUAAAAUCUCCAAAUAUGCCGCCCACUGCUAUUGCCGGUGCUACUUUACCGCAGAAGAUACCAGUGUCGGACCGGUACGAACAAGGACUUGCAACCAAUAAUCCUCAGCAAAUCACCCACACAAAGAGAACUGUCGUUACAAAAGAGGUGGAUAAUAUUUUCCCCGAACAAAAUAAUGCGGGAGGCUCGACAAAAGCCGCUCAAACACCCGUCUCACGGACUCAGAGGUCAGAUACUGUGAAAUCAGGACAUCAGUCAUUAGAUGGCAAUCAAUUGGCAACGUUAGCGGCAGCAACCGCAGUCAAUGCGGAUAUGAAGAAUGAAAGAAUUGCCCCUCUAAGGGAACAGUCAGACGGUCAAAAAGAAGUUCCCAGAGAGGAGGUAGAACCAGUUGGCAACAUCUCCGGUGUCCGUAGAUCUUUCACCCUAAGAAGAAAAUCGGUGGCUUCUUCUAAAUCAGCAGGCAACACAAAUGAUACAUAUGGCAAUGUGGAACCCCCAAAAAAGAACAAAAGUAUUUUCAAGAAGAUCAAGGAUAAGCUUUGA